AUACUUCCAAAUGUUUUCACAGAUCUAAAUAAUAUGUUUUCAUGCUUCUCCGUAAUAUUCACAAAGGGCUGCCAUCUCCAUCAUGUUGCACUAAGGUGAUAACGAUUAAGGGUGAUUAUGACUAUUAUCAUUACUCAGUUGAUGAAUUUACUGACCAGGGAUGGGGGUGCGGCUACAGGACACUGCAGUCUAUUGUAUCGUGGUUAAUUAUUAACGUAGAAAAAUGUAAAGACAAAAGUGUUCCAAGUAUAACGAUAAUACAGGAAACAUUGGUUGCUGUUGGGGAUAAAUGUUGCAACUUCAUUGGUUCGAAAGAAUGGAUUGGCUCUUUUGAAGUUUUCCUGGUUUUGGAUCAUACAUAUAAGACUUCAUGUAAAUUGAAUCACGUGAAUUCUGGAAAUCAACUGGGAACACUCACACAAGAAUUGAUGGAUCACUUUUCUCGUGCGAAUCCUCCAAUUAUGAUGGGAGGCGAUGUUGAUGCUGCAUCAAAAGGUAUCGUUGGGAUUGCAACAGAUGACAACUUGGAGAAUACCUAUUUACUAAUUAUGGAUCCACACUUUACUGCAGAUAGAAGCUACCCAACUGCAGAUGGAAUCUACCCAACUGUAAAAGAGGUACAAGAGUUAGGUUUUAUUAAGUGGAUACCACUGUCAGAUUUUUGCGAAGAUUCCUUUUACAAUCUCUGUAUACCUAUUGUAUGAAUGAAAUAUAUUUGAUGAAUAUAUCUUGAAA